AUGAGUAGUAAUAGCUAUUUGAUCGAUUUCCCUAAUUGCUUGAUAAAUUGCACACUCAAAACUACAUUUGUGUGUGACCAUCCUUCGCAAUAUGCAGCUAUCGUUAUCAACCUUUUACUAAUGCUGCCUUAUUUAUAUAUUGGAAUAAAGUUAUUACGAGAAACAAAUGCAAUUAAAAGACAUAUCGCUUUACCUGAUCUUUGCUACUGUUUUACAUUUCCUGUAACUAUGGGACUGAAGAUGCUUUCAAAAUAUGCCUUUUAUUAUGAUCAACAUUUUAACGACCACGAUUACUAUAACAGACUAUCUAAAGUUUGGGAAGACUUAUACACAUUCUCACUUGCUCUAUAUUUUGCAUGUGUUUGCAAAAUUCUCGUUGUUUUUGGAACAUUUGGAGCCAAAGUGUUAUAUGUUAUUUCGAAAAUUUUACAAUAUGUGUUCGCAAUUAGUACACUUGUACGGUCAAUAAUUAUUCCAAUUGAAACCGAAAUAAUGCAGAAGCUUGAAAGGUAUUUAUACGGACAAGGAUACUUAAAUACGGUAAACUAUUUACAAGUAACAAUAUUCGCAUUAUCCAUCAUAAUUCUUGGAAUUUGCUUUGUCCAGUCGAAUAUCCAGAAUUAUUUUCCUCCAAAACUCAGAACUCCAAUGAAAAUAUCUAUUAUGUCCGUCGGAAUUGGAAUAUUCAUAGGUACUAUUAUCGAUGGCGCUUUAGAUAGUUAUUAUUUUCUUCAGUUGAGGUAUAUCAACCUUUCGUUAUUCAAAUACGUUGGAACUGCUAUUUUAAUUAUCCACAAUUACAUUGUUGAUAUUCCUUUCUUGAUAAUCGUUUACAUGCUUUCUGUACAAGAAUUUAGUGCAGAUGACUCUAGUAAGCCUGCUUCUGAAAUGGAGUUUGAUGACCAGCUUGUGGGUGUUUAA